UCGUCGCCGGCGGCCUACCCGCGUAGUUGAAUAGAUCUUGUGUUUCGGUAGAUGGUGUGAAGUGAGUACAUUAACGAUCCUCGGCCAUUAAAACAUUCCAUUAUUCUUUUCAUAAACAUUAUUGGUUUAGGUGAGCUCCGGUUAUGUGGUAACAUACACUUCAAGAAAUAAAAGUACACUUUUGAAAAAAAAAUUUAUUACAAAACUCGGUGAACUGAGAGUGGUGUGAGGUGUGGAAAUUGACAGCUUCUUGUAACCACAGCGUAAAUGGCGAUGAAUAACAGGCAUUAAUGACAGACCACAUGGACAUUAAUGAGGAGUUGCGCUGCCAAGACAAAGUGCACCAGUAUUGGAGAGGCAGCAGAAAUUAUUAUGGCGCCGAGUUAGUGAUGGAAAAGUUGUGAUACUAGCCUAAUCGUAAUAGGCGUAGGCCUAUGUUUGCAGAACCUCAAACAUGAGGAUGUAAUGUUCGGGAAUUGAAUGCUCUUAAACAUAAUGGCAGUGUGUGUGUUUUUGGUAAUUAGUGUUCUCAUGAACAAGGCUACCUCCUUGUCAUUAAAGAUUUUAAUGAUUAAGUUUAAGUUCAAGUAAUUGAACUUGAUUUCUUAGCCGUAGGCUACCUUGUGCAGUAACCCUAGGCUAGAAUGGGGGUAAUUGCAAGUUUUUGAAAGGCUAUACUACCAUGAAAGAAAGGAGGACAAUACAGCUAACAGUCAGUCAGUCAAGAUUAUGCCUGCCAUACGCCAGUCUUUAAACAUAACUGACCAUUUCAGUGGUAAAUUCAAUAGGCGUAGUACGGUUUUGCUGAACGAAGAGUGGGACAAGCUUGAAGGCAGGGCUACUCAUCAACACAAAAUUUGGCCUAUGCUUCAAUGCAGUGAGGACGUCUGCCUGCACCUUGCACCAUUAUGCACCUCUGCUGCACCUCAACUGAUGGCAAGAAGACUGAAUAAACUGGCAACACAGCAGCAGUUUAUGAUAAGAGGCACAUUAUAUUCUUGGGGCAAAACAGAUACAUAAAGAAAAAGUUUGACCAUGGAUGACUUAAUUAAGGAACCAGAUAGACUGGAAUUUGUGGAUUCAGACCACAUCAUGAACUAUCUGCAGAAUAUGGAUGAGGCAUGUGAAAAUAGUUUGAUGGGUUGUGAGGAGAGUAUGGGUGAGGGAGUUUCAUUUGAUAAAGACCUUGCCAAGCUUAACAUGACUGAGGGACUUCUUGACAACCUAAUCAAAAGCGUAUGUGGUGGCAUUAAUGACUCAACCCUCAUUAAUAAAGACAGCACAGCUGGCAUGUCUACUCUUUCAGAUAAUGAGAGCUCUGAUAUGGAUAUUAUUACUAAGUCUUUAAGUUUAGAUGCUUUUGAAAAUACACAGCUAAAUGAAGUUAAUGAGACAGGCAAGCUUACUAAAGAGACUUUUCAUGCUGAUAACAGCUCUCCAAAGCAGAGUUUAGGUGCUUCGGAAAGUUGCAGUGUGAAUAUAGCAAAAAAGACAGAUUCAGAGCCAGUUUGUAAAAAUGAAAGUGUUCAGAAAAGUUUACAGCCUUCUUCAAAAGAGGAUGAUAAUGAUGUCAUUGUUUUGGAUGAAAAAGAGUUUUCUGAGUUGAUCAAAAUGGAAAAGCAAGGUUCUGAAACGGAUGAUUGUGAAAUUAUUGAAGAAAAGAAACCAACUUUAUCAUGUGAUGCAAAGACUAUUAAAACUGAAAAACUAGAUAAGAAAACUAAUGUAGAGAAAGAAGCAUCUGAUCAUGCUUUCCAUAUAAACGAUAACAUGAAACAGGGGCUUUCCAAACUUACUUUCCCAUCAAAGGCAUCUUUUUCCAGAAGUUCUGUUCAGAAAAAGAAAAUUCCACCUCUUCGCCCAAUAACGAAUACAAGGAUUACUAUUGGGCAAGUUUUAGAAAAAGCCCAAGAUGUACAGAAUAAUGUGUUGGUUAAAGCUAGAGUAGAUGAUUCAAAGGAUGUUCAGGGUGAAAAUAUUGGCAUUGAUAAGCCAUCAAAUCCUUUAGCAGAUAAUGUAAAUUUGUGUUUAAGACAGAUGUCUCCUGGCAGCGUAUCCACUAGUUCUAGUGAGAAAAGCAUUGAGGAUAAAAGUAAUACAGCUAUUUCAAGUCCAUCUCAGAACAGCAGCCCUACCCUUAUUGAUGAUCAGGAUGAGAUGCUGAAGGCCAAAAACAAAUUACAAGAGAAAACAAAAGUUAAGAGCAAGGCUGCUGGUCGACUGAAAUUAGUUAACAAGAUGUCUGAAUUGUUGAAGUUUACAUUUGAUCAUGAGCAUUUUCCAUCCUCAGUUAAUAUGGCACGACUUGCCAAGAUAGUAGGAGUUACAUGGUCUCAGAUAAGGAAUUGGUUUACAAACAGAAGAGUUGAAAACAAAAGGAAUGGUAUCUUUCCAAGAGACAAGGUGUUAGACUAUUGCCCAUAUUGCUUAGUGACUUUGAAGACAGAGGCUGAACAGAAAGGUCAUCUAUUUGCAGCACAGCAUAUUAGAAAAAUAUUGGGGACAGAAUAUGCUGGCGAUGAUCAUGUUGAUGCUGCCAGAUGGAAGAAUCCAUCAUCUGAUAGAUCAGGUAAAGUGAGCCCUCUGAACCCAGAAACUGUAGAUGUAAAUAGUUCAUCAAGGCCACCAGGGGAGGAAGCAAAUAUGGAAUCAAAUGCCAAUAAACUGGGAAAGCGAUGGAAAGAUUCAUUCCUUGCAAUCAAAAACAAUAAAUGCAAUAAAGUUAACAUUUUGGCUAACCAGUCCACUGAUUCUGAAAAAAAACUUUUAGGAGAAGUGAAAGAGGAAUAUGAGAUGGAUUCUGUGAGUAAAGCAUCAGAAUCUGUGGUAAUAAAAAGUGAGUGUGAAGAUAAUUUUCAAGAUGUCAUUAAUAAAAUGGAAGGUAUUAAUUCUAAACAUUUGUCACUUUGCAGUAGUGUUACUGAUAAGGAUACUUUUAGUGGAGCAAUCCUCAAUAAAUAUGUCAGUUCAUCUCAAAAAGGUAAGUUUGCUUAUAGUAAGGUUAUUGGACAGACAUACAAAAAAGGCUUUCAAAUAAAAAAACAUAUUAAAACUUUGAAACAUGAAUUGUCAGAGCAUAGAAAUAAUAAGAGUCCUUCUGUUGAAUCCAACCAGUCUUCUGGAAAAAGUUUCCGCAUCAGGCAAAAGAAUAGUUUAGCUUUUAUGGAAGAUUCCCUUCUAGGGUAUCAGUGUCCAACCUGUUUUAAAAUCUUCCAGACAGAGUGGCAGAUGAUAAAACAUACAAUGACUCAUUUAAUGUUCAUCUGUAACAUUUGUGAGAAGAGUUUCUUUUCAGAACAUGAUUUAAAGUUGCAUUUACUUGAUCAUCUUACUGGAGCCUAUGAAGAAGAAAAGUACUACUGUCAGUUUUCAUGCAAAAUCUGCCAUAGCCUAAAAUGUGAAUGUUAUGACCCUCAGACUCAUGUGCACAAAGAAAUACCCAAGGCCUUUGAACGACCACAGAAGGCUAAACGAUCGAAGCCAACUUUCAGAACAAAACCUUACUGUGGUAUGAAUGACCAUCUGAGGGUUACCUUUGGUAAUUAUCAUAAAUAUAUGCAAAAAUCUAAUAGAAGUAUUUCAGAAAUACAAAGCAAGUUGAAACUAGAUAAAGCUGCUUUGUCGAACAUUCCCAGGAAACCAGCACAUGGUGAUAUUAAUAAAAUUGAAAGUAAGCAAGCUGUUAGUGACGAGGAAAAUGGGGAAAAGUGUAAAGAACUGAACAUUGACAAGACAGACCAGACACCAGUGUCAUCAGUACAACCAAAGUUCUUUGUACGAAAAGAUCUGGUAAUAGAGGACUAUAGUACAAUUACAGAACCAGAAUCUGCAUGUACCAAUGUUACUUCCAUACAUGCAUGUAGCACUUUGAGCUCAGUACCUGACCAGAAAAAUGUAACAAAAGUUGAAGAAAAGCCAAUUGAAGAGCCUCAGAAAAAAGGACGGGGGAGACCUGCUGGUCGUAAAAGCACAGUUAAAGAUGUAUGUAUUGAUGCUGACUUUUAUUAUAUGUGUGAAAUAUGUGAUUCAAGCUUUUUCUCAAAAGCAGAGCUACAAGAACACAUGUUUUUCCAUAGACUAAAAUCACGUAGUCGACGAGGAAGUAAGAGAAGUUUGGAAAAAGAUGAAGACAGCAGUAAGAAAGCAAAAUUAGAUGAAUGUGCAGUGUCUAAGGAAGAAUCUGAAUCUUUUAAUUUUGAAGGUUUCAAAAGGUACAAGUGUCGAAAGUGUAAGGGUCAUUUUGCAAAUGUAACUGAUUUGAAUAGACACAGGGCUCAAGUCCACAAUAAUGACUUGUCUGUAGAUUCUUUAGAAGUUUUGAAAUGCAACUAUUGUGAAAAAACUUACAGAAGGGAACGUGAACUUUGUAGACAUCUAAAACAUGCUUGUCCCAAUGCUCCUAAACACCUAAAGACUGCUUUAACUGUAGGAACAACACUCCAAACACUACAAGAUAGGGGAGAUGGCCCACAUUAUACUAUGGUGAACAAGAGUAUUGGAAGCUUGUUGAAAAGUGAUGUAUCCCCCUCUCUUGCCAAGGGGCCAUAUAAGUGCAGGUAUUGCCAUGUUGUCACAAAGUAUGAGAAGGAAAUGAAAGAUCAUAUUUGGAAAGACUGCACCAGUACACCAAAUAUUAUUAAGAAAAGGAGCCAGCAAGGCCUUUCUUUAGAGGAACUUGGAUUCCAUUGUCAGGAAGAUGAAGUAGAGGAUAUGAUAAUGAGUGGAGUAGCAGCUGCCAUGGAAACAGAUGUCGAGGAAGAAGCCACAUUAACAGAAAUAACAGACACAUCCUCAGCUGUUGAAUCUGGUUUUUCACCGCCAUUGAACAAAUCCAAAGACCCUUUAGUUUGCGCAUACUGUGGUAUUUGGUAUUACCGAAAGGUUUCUCUUGUUAAGCAUAUGAAGGAAAGGUGCAUUCUUAUUCCAGCAAAGGAUAGGAAACUCCUUAAUCAAGGGUCUGAUUUAUGUGAUGCAGUUAAUCAUAAUGGAAAGAGCUUCUGUGAAAUUUCAAACUCUUCUGGAGAUACAAAACUAGAUUCAUCAUCAAGAGGUUUAUACAAGAAAGUUCAAGGUUCAGAUUAUGAGGAAAGAUGUACUGAUUCUGACCUAGAUACCGACUCAAAUAAAAAUCCGAAUGCCACAAAUAUUCCAAUAGUGUCAAAUGAAGAUCUGAAAAAUGUCAAUACCUUGCAGAAAGUAAUUUUAGGCAAUAAUAAUAAUAGUGGUACUUGUUCAAAUGAGAGUGAAGCCACAUCAAGUAAGCUGGAACCAGUUCAGAAUAAAAGGAACACUAAACAGAAGGGGACAAGAUGCAAUCGUUGUCAUGAAACUUUUGUAUCUCCUGAUGCUGUUUUAGCUCAUAGUAGUGUACAUCAUGGACCCAAGAAAGGUUUAUAUAAGUGCAAACUUUGCCAGGAUCGUUUUCAGAAAUACAAACAGCUCCGUGAGCAUGUAUGGUUGCAUACCCAGGAGACUCCAUAUAAGUGCCAUUUGUGUGAUGCAAGAUACAGAGUUAGUGAUAACAUUUUAGAGCACCUUAUUUCAAUACAUGGCUAUCAGAAAGCCCAUGAAAGGAAUAUUUUCAAGUGGUUGCCAUGUCGUAACGGAAAGUACAGAACAAUGGAUACACCAAAGGGCGACAGCAACAGAUUUGAAAGUGAGGAAACUUUGGAAGGCUUAGAUACCAAUUUAGAGAAUCUUGCCGAAGAUAUGGUCGUAACUGAUGACAUGUGUACAGGUAAUAAUGAGGAUAGAAUUGCAACAUCUAAAGGAAAUUUAACUAAAACAUCCAAUAUCCCAGAAAAAGCAAAAGCUAUGAACAUUAGUGAUAUGGGUAAAUUGGAUGCUGAAGACAAAUGCAAAGAUUCAAGGGGUAAAUUGGAUGCUAAAGACAAGUGUAAAGACUCAAAGGAAAGUAACGACCUUGGUGGUUCAGAUAUUUCACCUGAAGAUGAUGAUAAGAAAAGUGAUUUGAAAAGUACAUGUAAAGGUGAUCCAAAACAGCUUGGUAAUCAAACUGAGCAAGAGAGCAGUCAAACUGCACAGAGUAUUAGACAAAUUGUGAAGAAACCUGAUACUGAAUCACCAACAAAAGCUUCUCUUGACAAGGGAGACAAAGAGCAAGUUGGGACAUCUAGUAAAGAUGAUGAUGAUGGAGAGCUUUUUUCUGGUUUGAGUAAUUUAGACAGUAUAAUUGAAACUGUGAAUCUCACUGAUGAUAGUUUAAGUAUUUUAGAGUGAAAAGUACCUUGGUGUCCAUGUGCUUGGUGCUGAGUAAGAGUACUUUUCACAGUCAUCUCAGGUAUCAGUCAUAUACCAUUUGGAAGGAACUUUGCUCUUCAAAUGUGAUGUUGGUUUCUUUACAUAAAAAGUGUCAUGUAGUUUGUAAUUGUUUUGAGUAAUGGAUGAGUCAUUUGUAGAACAUUACUUACAAAAUAAAACUAGAACAUUCAUCAAAGCAGCCAGUAUGCAAUUAACUCUCUGCCAAAAUCUCCAUAACUCCAAAUCUGAGAAUAGUCAGAUCAGUACAGUUAGGAGGGUUCUUAAUCACUAAUGUUAUUUAUUUUGCAGUUCUCUGGAAAAAAUGUAACUGUAGGCCAUUGACAGGAAGCAAUUAGCAAUUUAGCUUAAGAGAAGUUAUUCUCAAAAUUGAUGGGUUCUGCCAACUCAUAAGGUGUAGGAAGUCCUCAACUAAAACAAACUUCCAUUGAAGCUUCCACCAUAUGGUUGGGUUCUUGUAAAAACAUAAAACAGAUGAAAGAAGGCUAUAUAUUUACAGGAAAAGUUAUUUCUGCUGUACACUUUUUGUUUUCUAGUUAUAUACAUAUAUAUUCUAAAGCUCAAAUUGUUAAUAUGUAUAGCAUAUAAUCUGAAAUUUAGUACACUAUACUAAAGUAGUGAUUGUUUAAUUUCAAAGAGAAUGUGAUGUCCUAUUCAGAAGAAUGUUAAGGAGAAUCGAUAGAUUUGCUAAGACAACAUUUUUUAAAAUUUUCAGGCAUAAUGAAACUUGGAUAUUUGUUUUCAAAGAUAUUUUGUAUUGUGUUUUUGUUCCUGUAAAACCAUGUUUCUGGCUUAAUUUACUGGAGAAUGUAUAUAUAGUAUACAGUAAUUCUUUUACAUUGUUUUCAUAUAUGUCAUCCAUUUACAGUCAUGCCAAUCACUGUAUUACAUUAGUACUCCAUGUAUUGUCUACUUUCUGUAAACUUCUAGACUUUCCUAUGCAUUCAGGAGUAGAUAUAACCAUCUCAAUUAAAUGUGAUAUUUAGAAAUAAGAUUUGCUUUACUUGUACAUCAUUGUAUAUACAUGUUGCUUUUUAUAGGGAAUUUAACACUUUGCCCAGUACAAAUACAA